AUGCCUCGCUUCUCUCGUUUGGCUACGGCCGUCCAGCUUCUCAGCAUCCUUAUCGUACCAGUCUUUGGUGCCUCUCGCCCUGCCGAAUAUGACUAUGUAAUUGUUGGUGGUGGUGUGACGGGUUUGAUCGUGGCAAACCGUCUAAGCGAAGACAAGUCAAAGACUGUCAUCGUCAUUGAGGGAGGAGCCAGCGUCGAUAAUGAUGCUACCAUGAUCCCAUGGAAGGCCAAUGACAUCUCUGCCAGCGCCGACCUCAUCUGGAAGGGCAUCAAGACCCUCCCAGAGCCAGGACUCAACAACACCGCAUUCGAUGUCUAUGUUGCCAAGGUUCUCGGUGGUGGCUCCGUCAUCAACGGUAUGAUCUACGACAGAGGCUCAGCAGCCGACUACGAUGCGUGGGAGGCUCUUGGAAACAAGGGCUGGGGCUGGAAGGGCAUGCUCCCUUACUUCAAGAAGGGUACCCGAUUCCAGCCACCAUCCCCUGAGAUCACCAAGAAGUUCGGUGUCACCUGGGACCCCAGCGUCUACGGAGAUGGUCCCUUGACCGUCAGUAUCACCGACACUCAGUUCGAUGAUAUCAAGGACUACUGGGCUGCCUGGAGGGCUACUGGUGUCUACGUUCCCCGUGAUGGAAAUGCUGGUCAAGCAUAUGGCCCAUCCUGGUACGGAAACACCAUGGACAAGGAGACUGGUCGCCGUGCACAUGCCCGCUAUGCGUACUACGACCCAAUUGCCUCGCGUAGGAAUCUUGUCAUCGUCACCAACACCGAGGCCAAGCGCGUAAUUCUCAAGGACAACAAGAAGGGCGCCAUUGCCACUGGUGUCGAGGUCACUUCCAAUGGACAGACCUACACUAUCAACGCCAAGAAGGAGGUCAUUCUUGCUGCUGGUGCCGUCCAGACUCCUAAGCUUUUGCAGCUCUCCGGUGUUGGACCUAAGUCUGUUUUGAAGGCAGCUGGCGUCAAGGUUCAAGUCGAGCUUGAUUCCGUUGGUUCCAACUUCCACGACCACCCAUACGCCACCGUUGUCUUCAACACCACCACCAAGACCUUCCCUACUGUGAACUCCUUGAUGACCGACCCCGAGUACAACGCUACCCAGUGGAAGCAAUACGAGGAGAAGAAGACCGGCCACUACACCUACGCCCGUGGUAACGCCCUCUCUUUCAUCUCCCUUCCUGAUGUCACCUCCGGAUUCCGCAAUAUCGCCAACGCUCUCGCCCGCCAGAAGGACACCGACUACCUCCCCGAGAUCUACAAGAACAACAAGAAGCUCAUCCGCGGUGCUGCUAAGCAGCGCAAGAUCAUCUCUGAGCUCUACAAGCGCAAGGACGCCGCUGCUGUCGAGUAUCCUCUUCCUUCUGAUGGCACCUACGGCCUCGUUGGUGUCCAGAAGCCCGCUUCCCGUGGAACCAUUCAUAUCAACGCCAAGAACCCUAACGGCAUCCCCGACAUCAUCUACAAUGCCUUCGUCAACCCCGUCGACAAGACUAUCAUUGGUGCCGGUCUCCGCUACAUGCGCACUGUCUGGUUGUCUAAGCAGCUCGAGAAGUUCUCCAUCUCUGAGAUCAUCCCUGGCGCUCAGCACACUUCUGAUGACGACAUCUUCAAUGCUCUUCUCGCUUCUAACUUCCUCUCCCCCACCCUCGCCCAUCCUUCCGGUUCCUGCCCCAUGAUGCCCGAGUCUGACGGUGGCUGCGUCGACGACAAGUUGCAGGUCUACGGAACCCAGCGUCUGUCCGUCGUUGAUGCUUCCAUCAUCCCCAUCAUUCCCUCUUGCCAUCUCCAGGCUACUGCCUACGGUAUUGGUGAGAAGGCCGCCGACAUCAUCAAGUCUAGGAAGUAA